AUGGAGGCUGGGGUGCUGGGUGGCUCAAGGGGCCCCCACCGCCUUUGCUGCUUGAGUGGGGCCCCUCAGCAGGAGGCCCCCCUCCCCCCAGCAGCAGCAGCAGCAGCAGCAGCAGCAGCAGCACGAGCAGCAGGAGCAGCAGCAGCAGCAGUGACAACAGCAGCAUUGACAGGACUGGGAGGAGAACACCAGCGACAGCAGCAGCAGCAGCAGCAACGGCAACAGCAGCAACAGCAGCAGCAGCAGCAGCAGCAGCAACAGCAACACUCUGUUCUUUCUCUAUUGAUAGAGAAGCUGUACCCAUCCUCUGAUUCCACCGCAGCAGCAGCAGCAGCAGCAGCAGCAGCAUCAGCAGCAGCAGCAGCAGCAGCAGCAGGACGAGAGGGGCCCCUAGGGGGGGGGGCCCCCCAGGGGGGCCCCCAGGGGGGCCCCCAUGGGGGCCCCCUAGAAGGGGAAAGUGAGGGGUGGAGACAGUCAACAGAGAAUGCAGGCGAAGGAGAUGCUGCUGCUGCUGCAGCAGCAGCAGCAGGAGCAGGAGAAGCAGCAGCAGCAGCAGCAGCAGCAGCAGCAGCAGCAGCAGCAGCAGAAGAUGAUGAGGAGUUUGGUGGUUUAGGUAUUUCUUUGUUUGCUCGUGUCUGCGAUGCUUUUGCUGCUGCAUUAGAUACCUUUCAGGGUCGGUUUGUGUCUCCUCACUAUCUUGCUGCUUCUUCUCGUUCUUCUUACCUGCAGCUGCAGCAGCAACUCAGCAGCAGCAGCAGCAGCAGCAGCAGCAGCGAGAGCAGCAGCGACAGCAGCAGUGAGAGACGAAGAGGUAUUCCGCAGAAGGCUGAUGUGGGUUUGCUGCUGCAGCAAGUAAAGGAGGGGCUGUGGCAGCAGCUGCUGCUGCUGCUGCAGCAGCGGUAUAAUAGAGGUUAUCGUGCUGCUGCAGCAACCAGCAGCAACACGCGGCGUUUGCUGCUGUCUGCUGUUGUGCGUCUGGUGGAGUCUUCGCGUUUUCUAUGGGAGGAUGAGGAAGAGCAGCAGCAGCAGCAGCAGCAGCAGCAGCAGCAGUUGCUGCUGCACACUGCAGCAGCAGUAGCAGCAGCAGAAGGCGCAGGAGAUGAAAGAGCAUUGCUGCAGCAACUGCAGCAGCAGCAGCAGCAGCAGCAGCAGUCUUUGUCUUUGUGUCUGCAGCAGAUGAUGUUAAAAAUACAAAGACAGGAGACAUACUCUGUGCUGCUGCCGCGUGUGCUGCUGCUGUUUGCUUCUGGUCGUUUGAUUCAUACUUUGCUGCUGCAGCAGCAGCUGCUGCUGCUGCAGCAAUGGAGACAGAUAGAUGCAGCAACACAAAUAGGCUGGGACCCUGUCUUUCUCUGUCUCCUUAAGAGAGGAUGUAAAUAUGGGUGGUGUGUGGGGUCACCUCUCUGCUGCUUGCUGCGGCCGUUGCUGCCGCUGCUGCUGCAGCUAGCGAUGAAGACAUUCGACUGCAGCAGCAGAACUGCUGCUGCAGCACAGCAGCAAAUGCGAAACACUGCUGCACCUGUUGCUGCUGAACUGUCUCCUUUGCUGCUGCGGAGACUGGAGACACCUAAACUUAUCGCCAAAAUACUCGUGCUGCUGCUUGAACCCAGCAGCAGCAGCAGCAGCAGCAGCAGCAGCAGCAGCAGCAGCAGCAGCAAAUUGGAUUUAUCAGAAGCAGAAGCACUUGCAAAAGCUGCUGCAGAAGCUGCAGCAAAAGUAGAAAGAGCAACAACAACAACAGCAGCAGCAGCAGCAACAGCAACAGCAGCAGCAGCAGAAUCACCAGACACACCGUCUCCCGCAUCAUCAGCAGCAGCACCAACCCCACCACCAGCACCAACACCAGCAGCAGCAGCAGCAGCAGCAGCAGCAGGAGCAGCAGGAGAGGAGACAGCAUUUGAGCUGCUGGAGGUGUUAAUAAAAACUAUAUCUCCGUGGGUGCACCCACAAACGGAGACACAUAGAGGGACAGUACACAUAGCGAGUUUUAUUGUCUCCUUUAUUUUUUCAUUUAUAAAAAGAGUACAAAGAGAGAGACUAGGAGACAGCAUCACUGCAGCAGGAUGCGGCAAGCAUGUCAACGGCUGCUGCGCCCUGCUGCAGCAGCAGCAGCAGCAGCAGCUGCAGCAGCAGCAGCAGCAGCAGCAGCAGCAGCAGCAGAGAGAGCUGAUGGAAGAUCCAAACGCUCCAGUCCCAGAUAGUGUAUUUGGGUAUGAUAUAAACAUCGAGUAUGAAUCAGGAAAAAGAGGAAAAACAGCAGCAGCAGCAGCAGCACCUGCUGCUGCUGCUGCUGCUGCUGCUGCUGCUGCUGCUGCUGAGGAAUCAUGGGCAAAGAGACUGCAGCAAGAUGUCUCCUUUCAGAGACAGCUGAUAGAACAGCGAGCAGCAGCUUCUUCUUUUCUUCCUUCUUUUGCGCAUGCAUGGAUACAAAAAGUUCUUAAUCUUAUUGAAGUCUCAUCGAAACCAGAUGAGAAGGGUGGUGGUUUGAUGGGUCGUGUAGACCGGGGUACUCACCUGGCUCUGCGUGCAGCAUCGCAGUGUAUAUGCAGCCAGCUGAGCGAGGAGACAGCAGAAAAAAUAAUAAAUAUAUUUGUCUCCUUUUGUAGAACACCGCACACCGACGGUGUACGCUUAGCUGCUGUCUUGUCUUCUUCUUUGUCUGCUGCUGCACCGCAGCUGCUGCUGCCGCAGCUGCUGCACCUCACGCAGCAGCAACUCUUAGAAAACCCUCCCCCACACCCCCACCAGCAGCAGCAGCAGCAGCAGCAGCAGCAGCAGCAGCAGCAGCAGCAGCAGCAGCAGCAGCAGGAGGAGAUGCAAGAAAGUACACAAGAGGAAACAGCAGCAGCAGCAGCAACAGCAGCAGCAGCAGCAACAGCAGCAACAGCAGCAACUGCACUUGGAGGCCUCGAUGAGCUGCUUGCUCUGCCUGCGGAUUUCUUGGGUCCCUUGACGGAGGAGGAGGAGUCUCCUGCUGCUGCUGCAGCAGCAGCAGCAGCAGCAGGAGCAGCAGGAGGAGCAGCAGCAGGAGCAGCAGCAGCACGAACAGCAGGAGAAGCAGCAGGAAUAGAAGAGAGCAGCAGCAAGACACGAGCUCGUCUAUGUAGAGCCUUUACUCUGUCUAGGCUGCUAGCCAAAGCAGCAGCAGCGCAGCAGACUGAUGACAGAGCAAAGAGAGUCCCCAUGUGCGAGCUUAAUGCUGCUGCUAGCGCGAACGAAGCUGCCGCUGCUGGAGGGGCCUUUGCUGCAGAGUAA